AUGCGUCGGUUCUUCUCUUCUCCUAUUGUAAGGCAUCGCAAAAGGCUGUUGCACCGUUUCUGGUGGGAAUACGAGCAUCCUUUUAAUAUAUAUCCUCCUGAUCUGCAUCGGCUGCGGCGGCUGUGGCGGCGGCUGUGGCUUGCCAGGAAGCAGCAGCUUGCUAAGCAGAAGGAGCAGGAUUCUGAGCAGAAGGAUUCUGAGCAGAAGGGUUCUGAGCAGGAGGAUUCUGAGCAGGAGGAUUUGGAACAGGAGCAGCAGGAUUCAGAACAGCAGCAGCAGGAUUUAGAACAGCAGCAGCAGGGUUCCGAACAGCAGCAGCUUUGUGAGGAGGAACGGUCUAAUGAGGAUGAAUCGUCUUAUGAAGAGGAGCAGUUUUACGAGCAGGAGCCGCCUGAUGAGGAGGAGCAGCCUAAUGAGGAGGAGCAGCCUAAUGAGGAGGAGCAGCCUAAUGAGGAGGAGCCGCUUCCUGAAGAGGAGGAGCUUUCUGAUGAGGAGAAGCUUUUUGAGGAGAUUUUUGAGGAGAUUUUUGAAGAGAUUUUUGAGGAGAUUUUUGAGGAGAUUUUUGAGGAGAAGCUUUCUGAGGUGGAGGAUUUUUCUGAUUUGGAGUUUUCUGAGGAGGAGCUUUCUGACGAGGAGCUUUCUGAGGCCAUGCAGCUGGUUUCCAAGCAGAAGUGUUCAAAGAAGCAGCGCCACUCCAAGAAAUGGCACCUCUCUCAGCAGCAGCAGCAGCCCAAGCAGCAGGACCACUCCAAGAAGCCACGCCACUCAAAGCAAAAGCACCUUCCUCUGCAGAAUGUCAGUUCCUCCCUGGAAAUCUUGCCAGAUGUCCAUGAACUGCCAGUGUUAUCCAUCAACCCCUCCCACGGCAUCAUCGCUCCUGGCCGGAAGCAGACCUUUCACUUGCUGUUCUCCCCGAAGAGUGUGGGGAUGUUUAAGACCACCCUGCUGUGCAGGAUUCCUAACCUGGAGCCAACUCACAAGAAGGUGCAGGUGGUUGUGAGAGGCAGAGCCCAGGAGAAGAGUCUUGAUAAACCGAAAUGCUCUGAGUUACAGCAGACUGAGGAAGGCCAGAGACCCAAGAAGCGGGUGCACUGGGAACCAAGACCUGAGUGACAGCAUUUGCGUCAGCUGUAGCAUCCAAUGGGAGCCACCAACACUGUAUCUUCUGCUGCUGCUGGUCUCCCACCCUUCACCAGAGACCACUGCAGCUACACUUCCAA